AUGCUCUCGUUGCAGAGUGAUCCUCGGCAGUACAACCUGAAUAUGCAGCAAGCGGCUAGGGUUCAGUACAAUUUCAUUGGCGGUGAUCAGCACCGGGACGAUUCAUCGUUUGCCUUGGCCUCCGGUAACAUCAAGCCCGAUCUUUCUCGUGAAGUUGAUGAAGAUGCGCUCUUGAACCUUGCUCAUCAGAGUUACAAAGCUGGAAACUAUAAGCAGGCAUUAGAGCAUAGCAAGGCUGUUUUUGAAAGAAAUCCACGACGCACUGAUAAUCUUCUUCUGUUGGGUGCAGUUUAUUAUCAGUUGCAUGACUUUGAUAUGUGUAUCGCAAAGAAUGAAGAGGCUCUUAGAGUCGAUCCGCACUUUGCUGAGUGCUAUGGCAAUAUGGCAAAUGCUUGGAAGGAGAAAGGCAAUAUCGAUGUUGCAAUUCGAUAUUACAUGAUUGCAAUUGAGCUUCGGCCUAAUUUUGCGGAUGCAUGGUCAAAUUUAGCUAGUGCUUACAUGCGGAAAGGAAGGCUAAAUGAGGCAGCCCAAUGUUGCCGCCAAGCUCUUACAUUGAACCCGCAUUUGGUUGAUGCUCAUAGUAACCUGGGAAAUCUGAUGAAAGCUCAAGGACUGGUGCAAGAGGCAUACAAUUGCUAUUUGGAGGCUCUCAGGUUACAGCCUACCUUUGCUAUCGCAUGGUCCAAUCUUGCUUCUCUGUUCAUGGAGGCAGGCGAGCCUAAUAGGGCCUUGCAGUACUAUAAGGAAGCUGUCAAAUUGAAACCAAACUUCUCAGAUGCCCUUUUGAAUAUGGGAAAUGUUUAUAAGGCCUUGGGGAUGCCUCAAGAGGCUAUUGUAUGUUAUCAACGAGCUUUGCAAUCACGUCCGGACUAUGCUAUGGCUUUUGGCAACCUGGCUAGUAUCUACUAUGAGCAAAGUAACCUUGACAUGGCAAUACUCAACUACAAGCGAGCUAUUGCUUGCGAUCCUGGAUUCUUGGAGGCAUACAAUAACUUGGGAAAUGCAUUGAAAGAUGCUGGAAGAGUGGAAGAAGCAAUCCAUUGUUAUCGCCAAUGCUUGUCUCUUCAACCUAACCAUCCUCAAGCACUCACCAAUCUUGGGAAUAUUUAUAUGGAAUGGAACAUGAUGAGUGCUGCUGCAAACUACUACAAGGCAACAUUAUCUGUUACAACAGGGCUCUCUGCCCCUUUUAAUAAUUUAGCUAUAAUAUACAAACAACAGGGUAAUUAUGCGGAUGCUGUGUCUUGCUACAAUGAGGUCCUGAGGAUUGAUCCAAUGGCAGCAGAUGGCCUAGUCAACAGGGGUAACACAUACAAGGAAAUCGGAAGAGUUAAUGAAGCAAUUCAAGACUACCUACGUGCUAUUGCCAUCCGGCCAUCCAUGGCUGAGGCUCAUGCAAAUUUGGCUUCUGCUUAUAAGGACAGCGGUCUUGUGGAAGAAGCUAUUAAAAGUUAUAAGCAAGCAUUGAUGUUGCGCCCUGAUUUUCCUGAAGCAACUUGUAACCUUCUUCACACUUUACAGUGUGUUUGUGACUGGGAUGGUCGGGAGAAGAUGUUUAUUGAAGUUGAAGGGAUACUUAGGAGGCAGAUUAAGAUGUCAGUUAUUCCAAGUGUGCAGCCUUUCCAUGCAAUAGCUUAUCCCCUUGACCCUCUUCUUGCACUCGAAAUCAGUCGCAAGUAUGCAUCACACUGUUCAGUGAUAGCAUCCCGUUAUUCACUUCCUCCUUUCAACCAUCCACUUCGAUUACCUAUAAGGGGUGGAGGAAGGAAUGGCAGGUUAAGAGUAGGAUAUGUGAGCAGUGACUUUGGUAACCACCCUUUAUCACAUCUCAUGGGUUCAGUAUUUGGCAUGCACGACAAAGAAAAUGUUGAGGUUUUCUGCUAUGCUUUAAGUCCAAAUGAUGGCACUGAAUGGAGGCUGAGAAUCCAGUCAGAAGCUGAGCAUUUUAUAGACGUGUCAUCUAUGUCAUCUGAUAUGAUUGCAAGGAUGAUCAAUGAAGAUCAGAUCCAGAUUCUCAUUAACCUUAAUGGCUACACUAAGGGUGCACGCAAUGAAUUAUUUGCCAUGCAACCUGCUCCUAUCCAGGUUUCAUACAUGGGGUUCCCUGGAACCACGGGGGCAUCCUACAUUCAUUAUUUGGUCACGGAUGAGUUUGUUUCACCUAUGCGAUACUCGCAUAUAUACUCCGAGAAGCUUGUUCAUCUUCCCCAUUGCUACUUUGUUAAUGAUUAUAAACAGAAAAAUCUGGAUGUUCUGGAUCCAAAUUGUCAGCCCAAGCGAUCACACUAUGGACUACCAGAGGACAAAUUUAUAUUUGCUUGUUUCAAUCAGCUUUACAAGAUGGACCCUGAAAUUUUUACCACCUGGUGUAAUAUUCUUAAACGAGUGCCAAAUAGUGCGCUUUGGCUUCUUAGGUUUCCAGCUGCAGGAGAGAUGAGGCUUCGUGCACAUGCUGCUGCACAGGGUGUGCAACCAGACCAAAUAAUUUUUACAGACGUUGCAAUGAAACAGGAACAUAUUAGACGCAGUUCAUUAGCUGACCUAUUUCUUGAUACGCCACUUUGCAAUGCACAUACCACAGGAACGGAUGUUCUUUGGGCUGGUCUGCCAAUGAUAACUCUUCCCCUUGAGAAAAUGGCAACAAGGGUUGCUGGUUCACUGUGUUUGGCCACAGGGCUUGGGGAGGAGAUGAUUGUCAAUAGUAUGAGAGAGUACGAGGACAAGGCUGUAUCAUUGGCAUUGAAUCGCUCGAAGCUUCAGGAUCUUACUAACAAACUCAAGGCUGCACGUUAUACUUGCCCUUUGUUCGACACAUCACGCUGGGUGAAGAAUUUGGAACGCGCUUACUUUAAGAUGUGGAAUCUUUACUGCUCCGGUCAACAUCCUGAGCCCUUUAAAGUGACUGAGAAUGACUCGGAAUUUCCAUAUGAUCGGUAG